AUGCCCUUUUUACGGAACUUUUUGAAUCGCAUCAAGCAUGACUCUGCUCUACAAAUGCUCGAUGUUCGUCAAACCGUGUCAUUGCCGCUUGAAGGGUUCUCGGAAUGGAUCAAGCAGAGCAUGGAUAGGGAAGGCAUUCAAAGUGACAAUGCGGUGAACUUCUUUGGACCGUCAGGUGGUGGCAAGACGUGGACUUUGACAAUACUUGUGGAGGACACGUUGCAGCAUACGGAUGGUAGCAUUCUUUGUCUCGAUUUGGAUGGACGUUGGAAUACAUCACCUGCUUCAGGACAUGGGCGAUUUCAUCUCUAUCAACCAUCAACAGCAAUGCAGGUGGCUUCUUUAUUUGAAUCCCUUGAUGAUUGGUUUGAUCAACACGCGGAUGAGAUGGUGUUAUGGGUACUCGUGGAUGGCGUUUCGAUAUUGGAUGGAUCCAUGCUUAGCAACCUCAGGCAAUGUCAACGCAAGUGGAAGUUCGCCUUAGCAACAACAUGUGUCAACCAUGCCCAUCAUAGCAGCAAUCUCCCUUAUGAUUAUUAUUUCUACAUCUCCAAGGAAUCCGGUCACCAUCACCCUCAAGUUAAAAUGACAUGGCCCAUUGUUUCAAAACCUUUCUCUUUGUUAAAUAAUGAUGACAAUCAGCACAAUACAAGUGCAAUACAACCUUCUUAUGUACAUUUGCCAUUUAUGAAUAUGGGUGUUGGGGGGGAUCGAGGUUUCUAUUACCAUUGA